AUGGAUUCCAGAGGGUCCCGGCUCCUGGACCCAUCGUCUGCUAUGGCAGCGAUUACCAGACAUAAAGCGGAAGCAAUCAAGCUAGCUCGAGAGCAAGGAACAGCUGUGAAAGAGAUGUGUCGUCGUGCCAAGACGGACGUGCCACCAUAUGAGUUUGAAGAAUUGAUUGGCAAAGGUGCCUAUGGACGAGUUUACAAAGGCCGGGAAAUGCCCUCCGGUCGGCUUGUUGCUAUCAAGGUUCUCGACAUUGAUUCACUUGACUACAAGUCCUUACGUGAUUUCAGGGAUGAGUCUAUCAAGGAUUUCAUUCAUGAAACUAAGGUGAUGAAACAAGUAAAGGACUCGGGAGCAAAGAAUAUCAACGAGCUCAUUGAAGCCAUUUCCAUCCACUCCCAACUGUGGUUGGUCUGUGAAUAUUGCCCGGGUGGAAGUGUACGAACAUUGAUGAGAGCGACGAAGGAUAGACUUGAUGAGAAGUACAUCAUUCCUAUUGCGCGCGAGCUUGCGGUCGGCUUGCACGCCAUUCACGAAGCUGGUAUCAUUCAUCGUGAUGUCAAAGCUGCGAAUAUUCUCAUUCAUGAGGAAGGUCGGCUUGAGAUUUGCGACUUUGGUGUGGCGGGUGUUCUCCAGUCACAGCGCGAUAAGAGAUCGACAUGGAUUGGAACACCGCAUUGGAUGCCACCUGAGAUGUUUGCAACUCGUGGAGAAGCCCACAAAUAUGGUAGUGAGAUUGAUGUGUGGGCAUAUGGCUGUACACUGUUCGAGUUCGCUACGGGUAACCCACCUAACUCGGGGCUUCGUGAGCGCAUGCAAAUUGGACGGCAGCUCAACCGAAACACUCCUAAGCUUGAUAGCGAGGACUACAGUGAGGGUCUGAAAGACCUCAUUGCAUUCGCAUUGGACUCCAACCCCGCCACUCGUCCGACGAUGGCCGAAAUUUUGGCUCAUCCUUACAUUGCUGAUACUGAGGAAGAAUACCCCACUUCAUCGGUUAGCGAGCUUGUGAGGAACUAUUACCAGUGGUCACAACGAGGUGGUCAGCGAAUUUCACUGUUUCACCCAGGUGGUGCUGCCGCCGCUGAGCUUCCUGGCACCGAAGAAUCUGAUGACGAUUGGAGCUUCAGCACCACAGAUGGCUUUGAGCGACGGUUCUCCGUUAUUGACCUCGACCAAAUAGCAGCAUCCCUGGCUGAGAUGGAAGAAACAAUCAGCCCAACCACUCCGCUUCCGGACCAUGACUCUAAUGAAGAUAUCUCCGACACCGAUAUGAACCCCGAGCAGAAAGCCAAUUUCGAUGAGCGGGUGCGACGCGGUGCAGCUGCAAUGGAAGGUCUUUUCGAUGAGGAUAAGCCGAGUUACAAGUAUGAGACAAAAAAUGACUUUGUUCCGAUCCAGCCCCCUCAGCCAGUAUCAGAUCUACCUUUACGCACGGAGACCGACCGGUCCUCCGUCACAUCAACAUUCAUAGACAUCGAUAUCGGGUCAUUCGAUUCAUCACACUACGCAGCUGGUGCACCAUCUGCACAGCCGUUCCAGUUGGCCAACGCAGAUACUAUUCGUGCAAAUCGAUCAAGUCUCCGAAUCCACCGCAACUCAAAUGAAAAUAGUUCACAGUCUUCCGGCAGCGACGUGGAAGCUGGUGACUCUCAAGAUGAGAGCUUCCACCCCCCUUCCGGUCCACGGCCACCUACUAUGGAUUGGAAGUUCCCUGGAUUUAUGCAGCCAGAAGAAGAGGCCGCGAAAGAAGCACCGAAGGAAGUACCAGCACCGGAUCCUAUCGAGGAAAGAUCUUUCCAAGCCGAGAAGCGGGCCACGAUGGAGUGGACAUUCCCUGUCAUGUCAAGUCAGCCGGAUGAAACCAGUGUCAAUGACGAACCUGAGCGGCAUGAUACCCUUCGAGCGCCUACCGUUCCUCCCCAGCAACAGCCAGCCGAGGAAUCAGUUAUCUCUCGCCCGUCCACCUCGGCUUCUCAUGCUUCGACCAUGUCAGAUUCUGAUUAUGACCCCUUCCGUUUUGAUCGUCCGUCUACUCCUCCGGGCAUUUCACCACAGCCUGUCAGCUCGUUCAACUCUGAAUUCCCCACGCUAAUCGAAUCAACGGAUGAUGAUUCGGAAUCGGGCGGGUUGCUUGAUGGACCUGGCCCUGACGAAGAGGAGGACCAUCCUUUGUGGAGCAAGCACAACGAUGUAAUAUCUGAAGAUGAUGUGUCCCCUUUACCUACGGCUAUUCCCUUUCAUGGAAGCCCCGGAGGCACUGCACCCUCGAUCUCUGAACCAGGCUCCCCUAUCUAUGAGGAGCCUUUGCAGACUGCUCGACGUGAUGUGAUGUCAGAAGCUACUACACUACGAGAGUCUGAACACGGUGUCAUCUCAUUUCCGGCCGUUCAUGCACCAAAAUUUGAGAGCUUGAUGGACGGAGUUGAUGAUGCGAUUAUCACGGAGGAGCUGGACCGUUUAUUGGGUGACUUCCUAGGUGCCUUGUCUGCAACUGGAGAGGCACUUUCAAGAGCCAUUCCUUACAAUCACCGCACAGAUGAUGCUGCUCAUGUUUUUGAAAAGGCACAAUAG